AUGAAGGACGAGGUGCAGCAUAUUGUCGGCAGCCUCGUUAAGAGUAGCGCGGAUGGAGGCGGCGAAAAAGAAAGCUAUGUAGGCUCCGACAGAGAGUUGGCGCGGGAGUGGGCAAAGACUCACAAGAACAAAAGGAAUAUCAAGUUAGUGUCGUGGAGGGCUCUGCAAACCUCCAUGUUCAUGCCUCCUGGAGACUGCUCCUUUUUCACUGUCAAAGUUGCGAUCACGAAGGCGUUGGCGAUUGCUGCUCAGAAGGGCCACAUAAAACACGACAUCGUUAUACCAACGGGUCCUACACCGGGGAUGCCACCACGGGUCGAGUACGUCAAGGUGCAAGACUGGUCAGCCGACGCCUCGCCAUCGCCAAAAAAGAGGGUUUGGCAGAACUUGCACUCUCGUCUUGGAGAAGGAAUGAUACCCGGAGUCGAAGACAUUGUUUACCAGGUGCAGGCCGGGAUGACCAAGCCUGACGUUGAUGCACCGGCAGGCAGCAUUAGCAAGGCUUUAGGAUGUCAUGUUCGUGCAUAUGAUGCGGGGGCGAAGGGGCCGGUUCGCCGACUGAAGAAGGCGCAGCGGCAAGUCCCUAAUUGUGCAGUUGCCGACUGA